GCGACGCAAACACCCAGCCCGGGAAACAAGAGAGAGCGACCGAAACCACAGUCAGUAUGCACCACAUCGGCAAUGCAUGCACUUCCGGUGCGGAGCAAAGUCGUCAGGUCUGGGACGGAAGUGGUAUCCACUUCCUCCCCAAGCCCCGCCUCCAGGGCGGAAAAGACUACACUUCCCAGAAAGCCUUGCGCGGGGGCGGAGGCGUCAGGGAUGCGAUGGCGGAGUCGCUGCCCCUGGAGAUGCUCACAUAUAUUCUGAGCUUCCUGCCCUUGUCAGAUCAGAAAGAAGCCUCCCUUGUGAGUCGGGCUUGGUACUGUGCAGCCCAGAAUGCCCUUCGUGAGACAAAUGUGCGGUACAACAUCCCUGUGUCUUCUGCCUCUCUUCCGGCCAUCAAGAACCUGGGCCUCCGGGGCAUCUCCUGUAUCAGCCUGACCGACCUGGAUGGCUCACCCACUUCACAUCAGGUGUUGCAGUCUGUGGCCCACCACAUGGGCCCGCACCUGCAGAGCUUGUGCCUGGGUGGGGGCAGUCCCACAGAGGCCUCUUUUGUGGCCCUGAUCCUGGGCUGCCCAGUCCUACGUAUCCUUGAUCUCAGUGGCUGCAAUAGCCUCUUCACAUCAGGCAAGCUGCUGUCUCAGCCCGAGAUGGCACAGAGCGUCCGAAGGGCACUGAGUGGCCUCCGUGAGCUGAACUUGGCUGGCCUGCGUGACCUAGCUGACCUCAGCUUUAACCAGCUCAGCAGCUGUACCCCCAGCCUGGAGCGCCUCUCCUUGGCCUAUUGCCACCUCACCUUCGAGCUGGGCCCAGCCCGGGGCUCCAUCGGCCCCCAAGACUCCUCCACAUCCCAAUUCUCCUUCCGCAAUCUACUACGAUUUGUGAAGGAGAGGGCUGGCAGGCUACAUGCCCUGGACUUGAGUGGCACUGGCCUGCCCCCUGAGGCCCUACAUGCCCUGGGCCAAGUGACUGGGCUACAGCUGCAGGAACUGAGCCUACACAGCUGCCGGGAGCUCUCUACAGAGGCUGUGGCCACCCUGUGCCGCCAGCAACCAGGCCUUACCUCCCUGGACCUCAGCGGCUGUUCAGAACUGACAGAUGGAGCACUCUUGGCUGUGAGCCGGGGCCUGCGGCACCUGCGGUGCCUGAGCCUGGGGAAGCUGCGGCGACUGACAGAUGCGGGAUGUGCAGCCCUCGGGGGCCUGCAGGAGUUGCAGAGCCUCAACAUGGCUGAGUGCUGCCUGGUGAGCGGGAAGGAACUGGCCCAGGCCCUGGGCUCAGUGCACAGAGCCCCACCCCACCUGGUGUCCCUCAGCCUGGCCUUCUGCUCUUCACUUAAGGAUGCUUCAGUGCUCUCCGUGAUCCCUGCAUUGGGCCCAAGCCUUAGAGUGCUAGACCUGUCAUCCUGUGUGACCCUCACCAACCGGACUGUGCAGGCCAUCUGUACUUACCUCACCCACCUUUCAGUUCUGCGCCUGGCUUGGUGCAAGGAGCUCCGUGACUGGGGCCUUCUGGGGUUGAGGGAACCACGUGAGGAACCUGCACAGAAGCCCCAGCCACACCCUGAGCUGGAGCAUCAGCUGCCAGACCUGAAACACCUCUCUCCUGAGCCACAGGGCCCCUCCCUGCUCAUGCUUCGGGCCCUGCGGGAGUUGGACCUCACAGCCUGCAGCAAGCUAACUGAUGCUAGUUUGGCCAAGGUGCUCCAGUUCCCCCAGCUAAGGCAAUUGUCACUGAGCCUGUUGCCAGCACUCACAGACAUGGGCUUGGUGGCUGUGGCCAGGGGCUGUCCUAGCCUGGAGCACUUGGCGCUGAGUCACUGCACCUGCCUCAGUGAUGAGGGCUGGGCCCAGGCAGCCAACUCCUGGCCAAGGCUGCAACACCUCAACCUGUCCAGCUGCAGUCGGCUCACAGAACAAACUCUGGACACAAUUGGGCAGGCAUGCAAGCAGCUCCGGGUGUUGGAUAUAGCCAUGUGUUCUGGCAUUAACAUGGCUGCCGUUAGGCGCUUCCAAGCCCAGCUGCCCCAGGUGACCUGCAUCCAGUCCCGCUUCGUGGGAGGAGCUGACCUGACCCUAACGCUCUGAGGCCAGGAGCAGCUUCCCAAGGCUCCAAGUGCCUGCAGGUGCUGUGCUUUAUGUGGGGAUUCAGAGGCCACAGCUCCCCUUUCCCAGCUCCCAGGCCAGCUAGGGAGGCAGAUGAGCCACUAGGCAAGGACCGUACGUUUGGAGUGUAUGGAGAAACAAGUACCUGGGACGAGGAGCCUGGGAGAACAACAAACUUGGCCUGGAGGGUCCAGGACGGAAUCAAGGCAGUGAAAAACGGGCAGAAGGGACUGUGAGGAUAUAGAGGUGCAGGCCAGAGCCAGCAGAGGAGGGUCUAGGCCUCGAUGGGGUGCAGGGAGGAUGCUAGCUGAGACCAAGCACCAAGAAGCCUGCAAGCCAAAAGUACUCAGUUGGAAGGGCUAAACUACAUGUCUGCAGCCCAUCAACUCAGAGCUCAGUCAUGAAAACCAUGACCAUUAACCCUCGGACAAUAGGGAGACGCUGAGGAAUAUAGGGUGUGUCUGUGUGGGCAGGUCAGACUCACAUGUGAGAAAGCGGAGUAGCUAGUAUUGAGAGGACUGGAGAGGCAAGACUAGAGGCCAAAGUCAGGAGAUUGUUGCCAAAAUGACAGUGGCGUGGCCAAAGUCAGUAGGUUGUUGCCAAAAUGACAAUGGUGUGGACAAGGGACUGGAGAUGUUGAGAAGGAAGAAUUGACAGGAUUGGAAGACCAACUGUGUCAGGGACUUGACCCCAUUUCCACUCAAAACUCAAUAGCAGACUCAAGUUGGGGGAGGAGUCUCUGAGCCAGGCACUGGCAUGCAGGGCCCUGGAUGCCAGGAACCAGAAGCUUUGCUGGGGGAGAAGAACUGAAACCCCCGGAACAUUCUCCAAAGGUGCCAUUUCAUCAGUUUUCAAGGUCAGCUUGAAAUCUUGCUUGUUAACACUGAUUUUUUUUUUUUUUUUG